CGUGGGGAAUGCAGCUGGUGCUGCCCGGAGGGUACAGAUGGCGAUGCCCUGGAAGUAGCUGCUGUACUGGGGGGAGAAGAUGGGGGUAGAGGGAGGAUGGUUUCAUCUUGCAGAUGCCGCACUCCCUGCCCGCAGUGGCAGUGGGGAAAGCAGUGGGCAGGGAGGGGUGCUGCCUCUUUCCUCCCCUCCUUCUCUAACACCACCCCCUCCCCACACCCCUGUGCCUCUCUCUCCUCAGCACUUGCUCCUCUUCCUGCUCUUCGUUGGACCUUUCAACUGCUUUGCCAGUUACAGCCGUGCCACCGAGCUCUUCUACAGCCUGAACGAGGGGCUGCCGGCCGGGGUGCUCAUCGGCAGCCUGGCCCGUGACCUGCGGCUGCCGACAGCUGGUGGGCAGCACCCUAUGGCCCCCCAGCCCCCACUCUCCUUCACCCUGGCCUCCCGUGGCUUGGGGGGACAGUAUGUGCAACUGGACAACCGUUCCGGGGAGCUGCACACCUCAGCCGUGGAGAUUGACCGGGAAGCUCUGUGUGUGGAGAGCAGUGAGGCCACCAUCUUCGGGGGAGCAGCUGCUGCCUCCUCUUCCUCUUCCUCACCCUCAUCUGAGUCGUGCCUGCUGCUGCUGGAUGUGCUGGUGCUGCCACAGGAGUACUUCCGCCUAGUGAAGGUAAAAAUUGCUAUCCGGGAUGUCAACGACAAUGCGCCUUGCUUCCCUGUGCCUCACAUCCACCUCUCGGUGCCUGAGAAUGCACCUGUGAACACCCGCCUGGCUAUCGAGCACCCUGCCCUUGACCCCGACGUGGGCACGAACAGUGUCCAGACCUACCGCCUGCGAGAUAACUACGGGGUCUUCACCCUGGAUGUGGAGGAGAAUGAGAGCGGGGAGAGGACUCCCUACCUGAUUAUUAUGGGGGCUCUGGACAGGGAGACACGCGAGGAGUAUGUCACAGUCAUUGUUGCUGAGGAUGGGGGGACUCCUCCGCUCGUGGGAAGUGCCACCCUCACUAUUGACAUCAGUGACAUCAAUGACAAUUGCCCCCAGUUCAGCGACUCGCAGCUUAACAUCACCCUUUAUGGGAAUUCCAGCCUAGGGACACACGUGGCCACUGUCCACGCAGUAGACAUGGACCUUGGAUCCAAUGCCCAGAUCACCUACUCCUACAGCCAGAAGGUCCCCCAGCCAUCCAGAGACUUGUUCCAUCUGGACGAAAGCACAGGAGCCAUCAUGCUCUCCAGUAAAGUUGAUGGGGACACUCCAAAGCUUCACAGGCUGAUCAUACUGGGCAACGGUCCUGGUUGUAUCCCUGCCGUGAUCACAGUGCUAGUGACCAUCAUCAAAGUCAUGAUGAGGCCACCUCAAGUUGUCCCUCGUUUCAUAGCUAAUGAAGUGGAAGGGGUGGUGUAUUUGAAGGAACUGGAGCCUGUCAACACACCGAUAGCAUUUUUUACCAUCAAAGACCCUGAUGAAAAAUACAAAGUCAAUUGCUAUUUAGAUGGUGAUGGGCCUUUCAGACUUUCACCAUACAAGCCAUACAACAAUGAAUACCUGUUAGAGACCACAAAGCUUUUGGACUACGAGACACAGCAGCUGUAUGAAAUAUCUGUAGUUGCAUGGAACUCAGAAGGAUUUCAUGUCAACAAAAUAAUCAAAGUACAGGUUCUGGAUGACAAUGACAACUCGCCAGUUUUCUCUCAACAGCUGAUAGAAUUAUCUAUUGAGGAAAACAAUGUUCCCAAUGCUUUCUUAACCAAACUGCAUGCUACUGAUGCUGACAGUGGAGAAAGAGGGCAAGUUUCCUAUUUCUUAGGUCCUGAUGCCCCUUCCUAUUUUGCUUUAGAUAAAACCACAGGAGUUCUUACCGUUUCCACCCAGCUGGACAGAGAAGAAAAAGAAAAAUACAGAUAUACUGUCAAAGCAGUAGAUUCUGGGUUCCCUCCAAGAGAAUCAAUAGCAACUGUCACCAUCACUGUAUUGGAUAAAAAUGAUAAUAGCCCAAGAUUUAUCAAUAAGGAUUUCAGCUUUUUCGUGCCAGAAAACUUUCCAGGUUUUGGUGAAAUUGGAGUUAUAAGUGUCACAGAUGCUGAUGCAGGGCAGAAUGGAUGGGUUGCCCUAUCAGUUCUGAAUGGAAGUGAUAUUUUUGUCAUAGAUACUGGGAAAGGAGUUUUGAGAGCUAAAGUCUCCCUGGACAGGGAGCAGCAAAGCUCCUACGUUCUGUGGAUUGAAGCAGUGGACGGUGGUGAUCCUGCCCUGUCUUCUACAGCAAAAAUAACUAUCCUUCUUCUGGACAUAAAUGACAACCCCCCUUUGGUCUUGUUUCCUCAGUCUAAUAUGUCUUAUUUACUGGUCCUUCCUUCUACCCUUCCUGGCUCUCCCAUCACUGAGGUCUAUGCUGUCGAUAAGGACACUGGCAUGAAUGCAGUCAUAGCUUACAGCAUCAUAGGAAGAAGAGGCCCUCGACCGGAGUCAUUUAGGAUUGAUCCUAAAACUGGUAAUAUCACCUUGGAAGAGUCACUGAUGCAAAAUGACUAUGGGCUCUACCGGCUGCUUGUAAAGGUUAGUGAUCACGGCUAUCCAGAACCUCUCCAUUCCACCGUCAUGGUGAACCUUUUCGUCAAUGACACUGUUAGCAAUGAGAGCUACAUUGAGAGUUUGUUAAGAAAGGAGCCUGAUAUCAGUGUAGAAGAAAAGCAGCCACAAAUUUCCAUAGAGCCUGCACAUAAAAAAUUGGAGUCAGCAUCCUGCAUGCCUACCUUGGUAGCUCUGUCAAUAAUAAGCUUGGGUUCAACUGCUUUAGUAACAGGGAUGGGCAUUUACAUCUGUCUAAGAAAAGGGAAAAAGCAUCACAGACCAGAUGAAAACUUGGAAGUACAAAUCCCAUUAAAUGGAAGAAUUAACCUGCACAUGUUGGAGAAGAAACCAAUGGAGAUUUCUAACAUUUGACAUUUCUUUGUGGAUAAAUCCAAGAUCUGAAAAACCUUAGACAACUCUGAAACAUGUAACCGUGGGUUGUUUUGACAGAGGUUGCAAUGAAGGACUGCUAAUUUAUAACUUAAUAAUAUUAUAAAUGUAAAUAGCUGUUUACAGUUUUUUAAAUUCAAAUUCAGUGUACAGCUUUUUUUAUGAAACCUUAGUAACUAACAGCUAGCACCCUGUCUAUAAAAACGUGGGUAUCAUUUGCAGCUUUCAUAAAUCAAUAAGAUCAGUGCUCAUAAAAAAGAGGAAGGUAAGAUGAUUCUUUAAACUCAAGUUUUAAAAGUCUUUUUAACCACAAGAGGGCAUCAGAUGCUCCUGAGCAGGGAACUGUUCGAGGAACUGUCCAUGAGAUAAACACAGAGUAUAUUUUAAAUAUAUUGGUUUUAAUAUAAAAUACACAUUGGCAUACAGACAUUUAACCACAAGGAAAAGAAAUGUCUGUCCCGAUGUAUGUAUAAUUAAAAGAAUAAAGACAUUAAAAUGCACUAGUAAUAAAGAAAAAAAAAAAAAAAAAAAAAAAAAAAAAGCAACGGAAUGUUUAUUACCUCACAAGUAAAGCUUAUACAGUAGGAUAGAAAAGGCAUUAACAAGAAGUGCAAUUCCUGUUGAGCAAGAAUGCAAGAUAUUGUAAUGAGAAUAUGAACUGUUGUGACAUAUCAUCUUUCAUUUACUCCAGAUCUCACACACAUUAUCAUUUGC